CUUUCAAGUUCUGAGUACCCCUUACCACUCUCACUCUUAGGCCACAAAGUCUCUCGAUCUAUCGAAAACAGGAAUGGAAGGUCGAUGCUUGAUCAAGAACGAUGUCACUGAAUUGAUUGGUAACACACCAAUGGUGUAUCUGAACAAUGUUGUUGAUGGUUGCGUGGCUCGUAUCGCUGCCAAGCUUGAGAUGAUGGAGCCUUGCUCUAGCGUCAAAGACAGAAUCGCCUAUAGUAUGAUCAAAGAUGCAGAGGAGAAAGGAUUGAUUACUCCCGGAAAGAGUACAUUGAUUGAGACAACGGCGGGAAACACCGGGAUCGGUUUAGCCUGCAUCGGAGCUGCCAGAGGCUAUAAAGUGAUCCUUGUGAUGCCUGAAACGAUGAGCUUAGAGAGGAGAAUCAUUCUGAGAGCAUUCGGUGCAGAGCUUCAUCUCACAGCCAAGGGUGUAGGUAUUAAAGAACAGAUGGAGAAGGCUCAAGAGAUAUUAAGCAAAACUCCUGGUGGUUACAUUGCAAAACAGUUUGAGAAUCCUGCAAACCCUGAGAUUCAUUACCAAACCACGGGACCGGAAAUAUGGAGAGAUUCAGCUGGGAAAGUAGAUAUAUUGGUUGCUGGUGUUGGGACUGGUGGAACAGCUACUGGAGCAGGGAAGUUCCUUAAAGAGAAGAAUAAAGACAUUAAGGUUUGUGUGGUGGAACCAGUAGAAAGUCCGGUACUGAGCGGAGGUGAACCAGGUCAGAAAAUGAACAUUUGAUACAUCUUCUAUUAUUUAUUUUUUGUUUGGUAUGAGAUCCAACGUACAUAUAUACAGUGAUAGAUUAACAUAUAUUGAGGGAGUUGUAGACUUAUGUGCAAUUAAUUAGUAAAUUACCUUUGUAUAG